AUGUCUGCCCAUCUGCAAUGGAUGGUAGUGUGUAACUGCUCCAGCUUCUUGAUUAAGAGGAACAAGCAGACUUACAGCACUGAGCCCAGUAACCUAAAAGCCUGCAACUCCUUCCACUAUAGCCAGCUGAUCCACCGCAAGACCUUGCGCGUGGAGCCGGCCCCCGACAACAAGAGGGUCGUGGUGGUGAUGAAGUGGAGGUCAGGCCAGAGGAAGCCGGCCACCUCCCACAUGUGGACCACCAUCCACAAGAACGGCCGGGCCACACUCAGCAGCAUCCGCCACAUGAUCCACAAGAACAAGUACCGGCCCAACUUGUGCAUGGCUACCAGCCGCAGGGCCAGCGCCACCCUGCGCGGCCAGAAGAAGCCCGUGAUGGUGAAGGGGAAGCGAACCCGCCCCACCAAGCACGCUGACCCGCCUUCGAGAGGCGGCCCCCCAGCUGGUCAGGGCCCCCCCUCCCCGUGGCUCUCCGCCUCCAUCCCCACACCUGGGCUGCCUCUCUGUGCCACAGCUCUGGGUCCAGAUAAGGAAUCAUGUGAGAAUUGGGACUGGACACAGCCAACUUGGGAUGCCGCCGUCCUGGUCUGGGGCUCCCACAGCCGGGCCUAG